CCCGGAAUCCGGAGCUGGACUGAUCGUUAUCACGCAUGGAUUAUGGUUUUAUUGCUGCUUUGAUUUGUUUUUGCUUUAAAGGAAAGUGUAUCAGCACCUCUUUGCAGGUGGGCUGUGUUUCGGCAUCAGAGCCAUGAAUUGCUACUUGAUAAGAGGGGUUGCUUUCGUCUGGAUUGUGAACUUUGUUCCCUGUGCUUUUGGAAUGGUUGUGAGCGAACAAACAGGUGGUGUAUGUCCCUCUUUGAGUGUUGAGGAUUACAGAUUUUCUGAUGUUUUGGACCGUCCUUUACAGAUUACAGGAUUUGAUCUCACAGAAAAAUUUCUUCUCCGAAAGGGAACAGUUACAGAAGACCUGCCAUCAUUUCGACUGGGAAGCAGCCCUCUUAUAAAACCAACGAAAUCGAUAUUUCCAGACGGACUUUCAAAUGAGUAUUCCCUGGUGACCAUCUUCCGUGUGAGACGAACUACAAAAAAAGACCGCUGGUACCUUUGGCAAAUAUUUGACCAAUCAGGAAGCAGUCAGGUGUCUGUGGUGGUUGAUGGUGAUAAGAAAGCAGUGGAGUUUUCUUCCGAGGGUCUGCUGAAAAACUCUUUCCGCUACACGUUUAAGAGUCGUGACCUGCAUGCCCUCUUUGAUCGCCAAUGGCACAAGCUCGGCAUUUCUGUUCACAGCGACACAGUAUCCAUUUAUGUCGAUUGCACGCUGGCUGAAAAGAAAAUGACUGAUGAGAGGGACAGUAUCGAUCUCAACGGGCGCACUCUCAUCAGUACACGAGUGGAAGAUGGAAGGCCUGUGGAUAUUGAGUUGAGGCAAAUUCUGAUCUACUGUGACCCUUACAUGGCUGAAAUGGAAAACUGCUGUGAGCUGCUUGAGCCAAAGUGUGGAGUCAACAAGACAUUUAUUGGGACCUCACCUCCUCUGGUUACAGCCCAGAGUCCCCUGAUGCCGUCUCAGCCUACCUCACGAUCAAUUGACACAUGUCACUGUCCAGGAGAGAAGGAAGAUGCUGGUAUUCCAGGCAUGUUUGGGCUGUUAAAACAAAACAGGGAAAAAGGAGACAAGGGGGAACUUGGAUCAGAAGGUCAAAAGGCAAUCGAUCGAGAGAGGGGCCCUCGAGGAGAUAAAGGAGAAAAGGGAUCAGCUGGAGAGCCGGGUCAGCCAGGCAAAGAGGGCAAGAGGGGACGGAGAGGAAAGCCGGGGGAGCCUGGACCAAGAGGCCCACCUGGUCCUUCAGAAGCCGUGGAGGGAGCAAGUGUCAAGAGGGAGAAGGGGGAGUGUUGCGUCCCUAGGGAAAAGGGAGAGAGAGGAGAUCCCGGUCAGCCAGGUGCCGAGGGGACUGGCGGUGCGAAAGGACAAAAAGGUGAUGUUGGUCCCCCUGGUCCUCCUGGUUCUGUGAUGACAGCUCAUGGGUUAAGACAGCUCUCUGGAACUGUAAGCAAACGUGAUGAAAGAGCCCAGAAGGGUGAGAAGGGAGAUGAGGGCGGGAAAGGAGCUCAAGGACUGCCGGGCCUAAAGGGAAGCAUGGGACCUCCGGGACUGAAGGGAGAUCAAGGAUUGGAGGGAAAACAAGGUCUACCUGGAUCCAUUGGGCUCCCUGGACUCCCAGGCGAUUCCGGCUUACCAGGGGAGCCGGGGGUGCCUGGGAGAGAUGGCCUGAAAGGAGAAAAGGGAGACUCUGGUGGAGUGAUUGGGCCACAUGGGCCUCCUGGUCCUAAGGGGGAGCCUGGAGAACCUGGUGGUGCGUAUAUGAGUGAUGGGUUGUCUCUGAGCAGAGGGUCUCGUGGGCCGAAGGGUGAAAGAGGUGUGCCUGGAGUGCCUGGAGACCAUGGAGAAAAGGGAGAACCUGGAGAGAGUAUCAUUGGCCCCGCGGGACCCCCAGGGAAGCCAGGAGCUGAGGGUCUCCGUGGACCACCAGGUUUUUCCGGCCCUCCUGGAACUCCAGGAAGAGAGGGCUCCCCUGGUAGACCUGGUCCACCAGGCCCUGCUGGACCUCCAGGUGAACCAACUGCCCUGCCUAUCGUUGGAGACAUGGGUGCAUUACUUAAGAACGCCUGCAGUCUUUGCCAGACAAGAGUUCCUGGGCUGCCUGGGCAGAAGGGAGAGAAGGGUUCCUCUGGAGUGCAAGGAGUGGAAGGCUUGGUGGGAGAAAAGGGGGAUCCAGGUGUAAGAGGUCCGAUGGGUAAUCCAGGAAAAGAAGGCCCAAAGGGUGUAAAGGGAGAGAGAGGCUUCCCAGGCCCCUCUGGAGACAAGGGUGAUGAGGGCCCUGCAGGAGCUCCAGGACUUCCAGGCGUAACAGGUCGAACAGGAGUCCCCGGACUUGUAGGUAGACCUGGUCUUAUGGGCCCACAAGGAUCAAAGGGAGAAAAGGGAAACGACGGAGCUCCAGGCAGACAAGGACUUCCAGGACCUCCAGGUGCGCCGUAUGUGGAGGGAAACGGGAUGAGCAGCCUGUACAAGCUGCAGAGUGGUGGAGCUAUUUUAGGACCUCCUGGAGCGCCCGGUGCUCCGGGCCCAAAGGGAGAUGAAGGACCUGUCGGGGAACCAGGACCCAUGGGCUUACCCGGGCUUGAAGGGCUUCCCGGUGCCAAGGGUGAUAUUGGCCUGCCUGGCCCUUCUGGGACAUCAGGUCCUCCAGGGAAACCCGGAACACGUGGAGAGCCAGGGAUCCCAGGAGAGCCGGGUGAGAGGGGGCCCAUCGGAGAGACUGGAUUCCCUGGACCUGAGGGACCUCAAGGUGUUCCUGGGAGGCCUGGAAAAGAUGGAACUCCUGGAUACAAGGGCUCCACAGGUACACCAGGUGACAGAGGGUCCAAAGGUGAACGUGGUGAUCCAGGCAUUCCCGGAGAAAGAGGCGUUCAAGGUGAAAGGGGUCGCAUGGGUGACCUUGGCAUGGUUGGACCGAUGGGGCCGCCGGGUGAAAAAGGAGAUCCUGGCCCCCCUGGACAGCUGGGGAGCGUAAAACUCCUGGAUGAUCCCAGCUUUACAGAAGAACUCAAAAUCUUUAUCCAAAGUGAAGUAAUGAGGAUUUUUGAAGAGAAAGUGUCUGGCACCGCCACGCAACAAAAGACACCUGCCGGCAUCUUAGCUUCACCUUUCCAAGGUCCUCCAGGACCCCCGGGCAAGGAUGGAUCCUCAGGUCCACCAGGAGAGCCUGGGCCACCUGGACCUCAAGGAUACCGGGGUCAGAAAGGAGAACGAGGACAGCUUGGUCUGGGGUUACCAGGAGAUCCAGGACCGACUGGGCCACCAGGGCCACCUGGGAUCCCUUCACAAGGCCCCCCUGGCUCUCCUGGGCCUCGUGGACCCCCAGGGACUUGUGACCCGAAUGACUGCUUUCUUCCUACCUUGUAAGCAGAGAGCAAGAGUGUAAAAUGGUAUGGUGUGCUCCGAGGACGGUUGUCAUCCAUGAUCUUCAAGCUGCAGCCACAGAGCAAAAAAAAAAAUGCUCUGUCUCGCUGACCUCGCUGUGUCUGACAGCUUCUACAGUUCUGCUGUAUCAAACAGACUCAAAACUGACCUCUUUUGUUCACUUCACAAUAACAUUUGGGUGCUGUGGGGGGUUGUUUUCCUAGGUGUGCUGUUGUGCUUUGUUUUGAAUGCAGCUGAAAACCUUUUGCAGUGCUGUACUUUGAAGUAUUUUUCUCGUCUUUCCAACUCUUACUGUGAUGCAAUGCAUUCCUUAUCGACUGAAGUUGUCUUUCAAGACCUAGAGAUAACUGUUUUGUCAGGUUCAGCCCCGGCUGAAUAACCUUAAUAAUUAUUUGUUUGCCUCUUUAACGGACUUGUUGAUGCACUCUUCUAUUCUUACUCGGUUAAACUGGCUGUAGGUAAGUCUCAUUUUUAGCUGUUUGUUUAUGUGAGAGAGAAAGAGAGAGAGAAAGAUCAACUGAGUGAAUGUACUUAUUUUUCAGCAAAUGUAAGUAAAAUUACUUCCUCUGUAAUUUCGGCAGCCAGUUUGUCUGAUAUGGAAAUUAUUUAUUUUAAGUGUGCUCCUUAAGAAUGUAUUUAAAAGAUGGUACUAGUCAGCUAGAAAUGUGGCAUGUAAAACAUGUCAUUUUGUUUAGUAAUUAAGUUAUAAAGACAUGAGCUAGUACACGUUUUAGUUGCUGAUAAGUUUCAAUGUUUCUGUUUCUUUGAAGUGAUGAGGUGUUUGUGUUUUUUUAAGAAUCUGUGGUAAAACUAUAGCUGAAGACGUCUUCCCAUUUUCUGUAAGUUGCGUGUCAUUACUGAGCAAUUAUUAAGUUGACAAAGCAUUUUUUUAAACCCACAGACACCUGGCCGGUAUUAUUUUUAAUACAAACAAAGAAUUAAGGGCAGGUUUAUUUCAUUACAUUAAACUAUUUUUGGGAUUUGUUUAUGAAUUUGGUUUUGUUAGAGAUACUUCUCAUUAUCUGAGAAAGGAAGAUGGAAUAUUUCCAAUAAAAAUGUAUAAAUCCUGAGAGUGGUUGAGGCUAGUAGCUAGACCCUGCAAAAAGUUAGAUUUUUCAAAUGGUUUCCAAAAUGUAAAUGCUCUUUGAGAUAUAUCUCUCUAUAUGUAUAUAUCGAGAGAUAUAUUGACUGGUUGCACAGAUUUUUGAAAACACUAACACAGAAACCGUUGCACAUUUUCGUACUGCUAAAAGCCGCAACAGCAGCCAAAACAAGUCAUUUUUCUUUCUUCUUCCCACAUAUUUCUCCCUUUGCCCUGACUUUAUCAGUAAAUGCAAGAUGUGGACUGAAAAAGUUUUGACUGUGAGAAAAAGUUUCAAAACACUCAAAUAAACUGUAAGCUAGAACAACUUUGGGGGAAAAUCGUCUUUAGUCCAGAAUGUCAACAUUCUCUCCACCUGCUGGCCCAGCAUAGGCAUCACAAUGUUUUUCAUUGGAGACAACAGGAAAAACACCAGUUUCCAAAAUAUCCAGAGUAGUUUCCUUGACAACACAGCUGAAUAUGUUUCCAUUCAUGGGAUACAAUGCUAGAUUAGCAAAUAAUAGAUGUUUCCAUUUUCACAAGCAAGAAAUUUGUCGUGAUUUUUACAGCCAAAAAACUUUCAUGUUUCUACACAAAUGUUAAUGAAGUGACAUCAGACUUAUGUAGCAUCUUCCAACCCUUUCAAAGACAUUUGACAAUGAAAUCAGUCAUUUUCAUUCAUGGCAAGGAUUGUAGCAACAGCAGUCCUGGGGCAGUCCGACAGAAGCUAUCGGCCUUGCUGACAAGACAGGUGAAGUGUCUUGCCCAAAGACACAAAGACAGAGGCAGGUGAAGCGGGAAUCAAACCGACUCCUAACACUGUCACCCCAAACAACAUAACAAUGCAAAAGAUUUUGAGUCUGCCAUUUUGUUUUCCAAAGAAUUGAGAGACCUGGAAAGGAACCUAGUCUCACCAAUGCUGUUGCACAAAUGACAGCGCGACACGCUAUCCAAAUCCUCAAUCCGCUCUUGGCAGACUGAUGAGUCGCAGCUAAUUAAGUGAAUGAAUACAGCUUGCAGUUAAUCAUUAUAACUUUGAAAUACAAAAACUGAAUUUGUUUGAAUAAGAGGGCAACAAAUUUAAUAUUAAGUUCCCAUAGUUUGUUCAGUUCAAGGUAUUUAAUUUGCAGAAAUCUCAUCAUACUAGCAGUUAGCCUUCAACCACUCGAAGGUACCCUUGAUUUUUUUUUACAAACACCGAAAUGGCCUCUUUCAAAUCAGCCUCUACGAUCCCUUUAAAAGCAGAUUCUUCCACAAAAAAAGAAUGUACUUUGAAAUGUCUAUUUUCAAUUAAUAUAGCUCCUCAUUUACUCUGUACUCUUUUUUUUUUAACUGUAAAUAUCUUUCAUGUGCUUUAUUUUUACUUUUUUCUUCUAAGUCUAACUCUUCUAGUCUUGAAAAGGGACCUGACAAUAUAACUUUAAAAGCUGGCUGUCACUGUUACGACACUUCAAGGUUAUCACUUGUCAAUCAUACAUUGCUGCAACUGUACAAGAAUGUGUUGCAUCUGAGAUUAUUAUUCACAUGCGCCGUUUACAUAGUGUCACGAAUGAUGAUUCCUCUGGUUUGAGUGUGAAUUAUUUAACUUCAUCACUACAAAGGAAAUCGGACUACCACACCACAGCUAACGGAAGGUUGUUUUCGGUUUGGAGGAGACAUUUUACUCGUGAAUGUACUUGAAAUGUCUAAGCUGCUUCAUACUCUACAUCCAGGUUUUCCAGUUACUAACCAGCACUGUGUGUCGCCAUAAAUUGUCUGGCUUUUGAUUUCCUUGAGGCUGCUGUUUUGCUUUAUUUAUUUAUUUUAAGUUUUUUUCUGAAUUUUAGUUUAAUGCUUUCC